AAGCGUGACGGGGAGGAAACAAAAAUGCACGCAAUUCAUGUACGUCGGUGACGUAAUCUUAGAGGAAGUUUUCAACCCAUAGUUUCAAUCUCUUGCACAAACUGCCAUAGCUUCACUAGACCAUGCCAUCACCUCCAAAAUCCCCCUCAAGGAAAAAAAAUCUUCGAAAACAAGUUAAACCCAGGCCGCCUCUACAUGACUCACAUGAUAAAACUAUCGACACAGAUUCUGAAGAUACCACUGCUAACAGCUCAAAUUUGGAGACAACAAAUGACAGCAUAGACCUUUCAACAAGCAGUUCGAAUAAUGAAAAAUCAUUCGAUGAAAAGUCCAACAAAGACACCAGUAAUAUAUCUGGGAAGAAGAAUUCACCAAAAUCCAAGUCUCCAAGACAACUGCCCAGAGAUGAGAGAUAUAACACUGUUGAACCUACAGCUAAGAAAGACAAAAACUUUGAAAUUUCCCUCUUGGUCACUCUUAUUCUUGUUGCUGUUGCAAUCGCUUUUUACUAUUUUAAUUCAGUAGAAACAGAUUCCCACUCUGAAAAAAUGGAAAAAUCUAACAUGGAAAUAUACAAGGAGAAAAUGCAGAGUUUACAGAAUGAGUUUCCUUCUCAAAACAACAAAUUGUGGAAAAUUGUCAGAGUUGCCAUGCAAGAACACCAUGAUAAGAAAGAUAACCUCCAACCUGCUGUGUUGAUGUUAGCAUCCAAUGCUGAUGCGAAUCCAACCAUGCAGUGUCUUGCAUCUAAACUUGCUGAUAUCUAUUCCCAUAAUUGCUCACAACCUAAAUUUGUGGUGCCUGAAAAUGAGUUUAAACACUUGUCACCAGAAUCUGCAAAAGUGUUGCUUGACAACAAAAUAUCAUCACAAUUUCAAGCAGGAUCAUGUGCAAGUGUGGUCCGGCAUUUUGAAUUAAUACCCCCAGCUGCCACAAAAGUUUUCUACCAAUUCUGUGAAAAUGAUAAUGCCCCAUACAAAAACGUGGCAGUCAUUCUAACACUACAGGUAGAACCAGGUGAUUGGAGUAUGCCAUACCCAAACCUUGACAAUUUACCUCCAAAAUUCUGGGACCGAGUCGUUGACGGUUUCCUAACCCAUACAUUGGCCACUGGUGACCCAGUCGUCAUGACAACUGAUAUGAUUGGUGCAUUAUUAUCGCGUAUUACACCUUCUGUUGUUUGGGUGAGACGGGAAAACGACUUACAUUGUUAAGAUCUUCACAACGAAAAUAAUAAAAAUAUAUUUUUUCACCUGAAGCAAUUAAUUUUUUUCUAUAAAGUUCGUAUUGUAUUUUUAAUAUGUAAUUGUUGUGUGUAGUGAGUAGUCGAUACCUAGCGUUACCCGUGUGUCGUUAACAAUUUCUAUAUACAUGUGUGUUGUGUGUGUGUUGCAAUAAAAUUAACCAUACAAAAUCGAA